UGAGCAUUAACCCUUAUAUUUUCCAACGCGGGUCAAUACCUGCGUUCUCUCUCUCUCUUUCGCCCCUCGUUCGCCAUCCCCUGAUGUCAUCCAACGCAUCAUCCACCCUCCACUUAAACCGCACGCCCAUUCUGGACCGUCGAUUUCCGCUACGCGGUCUACCCACCCUAUUUAUUGUUCCCCAUUCCUUUCACUCCAUUCGCAUUGAAAGCAGGAAGCUCCAAUACGACGUCGUUGCGACCAAGGCCGUGCCUUCUAAAUCCCCCACCACCUCCCGCACUAGCGGAACUGACAAGAACAACAACAACAACAGCCUCAACCUUUCCGAAACGACAAGGAACAACAACAACAUGGGAAGCGAGGGUUGUGCUGAUUCGAGGAAACCCAGGUUUCUUUGCCUUCAUGGGUUUCGAACCAGCGGUGUGAUCAUGAAGACCCAACUGGGUAAAUGGCCGGAGUCGGUGCUCAAGAAUUUCGACCUGGACUUUCUCGAUGGGCCUUUCCCGGCCCAAGGUAAAUCCGAAGUCGAGGGCAUUUUCGAUCCUCCUUAUCACGAGUGGUUCCAAUUCAGCAAGGAUUUUUCUGAGUACACGAACUUUGACGAGUGUCUUGAAUUCAUUGAAGAUUACAUGAUCAAGAAUGGACCCUUUGAUGGGCUACUUGGCUUUUCCCAGGGGGCAAUACUGUCAGCGGCACUGCCGGGUCUACAAGCAAAGGGUUUGGCAUUGACCAAAGUACCUAAAAUUAAAUUCCUCAUAAUAAUUGGGGGCGCAAAAUUCAAGCCAGCAACCUUGGCUGAAAAUGCUUAUUCAUCUCCUAUUCAAAUUCCGUCUCUUCACUUUUUAGGAGAAACAGACUUCUUGAAGCCAUAUGGACUCCAACUGCUCGAAAACUGUGUAGAUCCUACCGUGAUUCAUCAUCCCAAGGGCCACACGAUACCACGACUCGACGAAAAGGGUUUAGAGACCAUCAUGAGCUUCAUUGAGACAAUUCAGAAGAAGUUGGACGAGAAGGAGGAGCAACAGUAACGAUGAAACUUAAGAAAAUACACAAAUAACUUGCACAACAUUCUGGCCAUGUGCCCCUAUUUUGGGUUUGUUGAGGUGUAUCCGAUUUGUAUUCUGUUGGCGCUAUUUUAAGCCGUAUUCUUUGCAUGUUGUUGUUCAGUCGAACUUAAUAAGAAAAAUCUGUAUGUGCCUAGAAAGUUUUCCAUAGUAAAAGAAAGAAAAAGAACAUAGAUAUGUCAUGUAUAUUGAAUGUCGCGACGUACACCAAAAGGGUCUUAGGCGUCAAGAUGUUUAGGACAUUGGUUUCAUUUUUUUGCAGUGUAGGAUUAGAGAGUUUUUUCAAUUCUGCAUUUUCUUUUUCAGCAGUUCCUUUAGAAUUUUAAUUUUCAAGUAUGGAUUUCUGUUUAGUUUGUGCAAGGAAAUGAAACUAAAUUAUAUUAAAAUUUCAUUUA